AUGGACAACGCGUAUCUAGGCGGUCCAGUCGGCGAAAAGAUCACUGUUGCUCUCUCGCAACAGGGGAACGUCCUGGACGAAGACUGCCUGAGCAUCAACGUCUGGACGAAGCCACAGACGGGCGAAAAGCAAAAAGCCGUGCUCUUCUGGAUCUACGGAGGAGGCUUCUCCAUCGGCAGCGCGAACAGCCCUGUCUACGAUGGCUCAAUCCUCGCCGACGAAAAUGACGUUGUAGUCGUAUCCUUCAACUACAGAUUGAACAUCUUCGGCUUCCCCGGAGCGCCCGGCGAAAUCGCUAACGCAGGGCUCCUCGACCAGCGUCUUGCCCUGGAAUGGACCCGCGACAAUAUCGCCCGCUUCGGCGGCGAUCCCACACGAAUCACCGUCUUUGGCCAGUCCGCCGGAGGCAUGUCGACCGAUCUCGUCGCCUACGCUAACCCCGAGGAUCCCAUCGCCCACGGACUAAUCGCACACUCUGGCGUCGUCAGCCCACGCAUCGGGUCGAAUGCCACCGACGCUCUGAAGACUUGGUACAAUGUCAGCCAAUCCCUUGGAUGCGGUGGCGUAUCAGCUGGCGAAGAGACCGUGACAUGCAUGCGAAGCAAAACUCAGGAGGAAAUCCUCGCGGCCAUCGAAAGCCACGGUACAUCAGCACUCGCGAGCGGCUUCGUCCCCUACGGCGACGGUGUCGUCCUCCCCGAAGACAUCGCCGCUGAAGCUGAAGCCGGCAACUUCGCCAAAGUACCUUUUCUCGCUGGCAACACGGACUACGAGGCGGGCUUCUUCUUCAUCCUCGCGAUCGCGUACUCUAACAUCACGACCAUCGAAGAGGUAGACGCCAUUCCCUGGGACCUUAUCCGGCCGCUGGGCAAUCUUUUAACUCGGGUAGCCUUCACUUGUCCUGCCGCCGACGCCGCAGAGCUCAGGAGGAAGCAUGGAGUCCCCAGCUGGCGGUAUCGAUUCUAUGGUGGGGGCUACGAAAAUGCUGAGAUCUACCCCGUGGGAUCGGACUGGCAUACGUCCGAUAUGCUCACGGUGUUUGGCACCGCGGCAUCAGUGACCGGCGUUGCAGAUAGUUCUUAUGAAGCGAAGGCCGGCGCGUAUAUGCGUGAUGCGUGGGCGACGUUCGCGAAGGAUCCGAGCAAAGGGCUGCGUGAGAAGUUGAAGUGGCCGACCUAUCACCCGCUGACCCCAUCCCUCGUCCAGCUCUCUCUUAACCGCCAGACAAAAGCGAGCUUCACCUACAACUGGAGAACAGAUGCGCUCUGCGGCGCGAUCGCAAGCCUCGCAGAGGUAGCAGGGAGCAUCUCGGGUAUCUUUGAGGGCGUGAGUAGCGGACGCGGAGGAAUUAGUCGGCGGAGCUUUGAAGGUCUCCUGAAACGCUCGGAUGAGGCUCGUUCCUUGCUUUCGCUCUUGGAGGAGAUCGAGCAGAGCGGGGAGUUUUCGGAGGAGUGA